GUCCUAAUUCCCUCUUGUCUCGGGAAGAAGAGGAGGCUCCAUGGAUCCCACGGUGGUGCUGGUGCUUUGUCUCUCCUGCUUGCUUCUCUUUUCACUCUGGAAACAGAGCCAUGGGCGAGGGAACCUACCUCCUGGUCCCACUCCUCUUCCAGUUCUUGGCAACAUCCUACAGUUGGAUUUUAAGGAUAUUAGCAAAUCCCUAACCAAACUGUCUAAAGUCUAUGGCCCUGUGUUCACUGUGUAUUUGGGCAUGAAGCCCACUGUGGUGAUGCACGGUUAUGAAGCAGUGAAGGAAGCACUAAUUGAUCUUGGAGAAGAGUUUUCUGGAAGAAAGGGCUUGCCAGUGAAUGACAAAGUUAACAAAGGAUUGGGAGUUAUUUUCAGCAAUGGGAAGACAUGGAAGGACACCCGGCGCUUCUCGCUCAUGACCUUGCGGAAUUUUGGGAUGGGGAAGAGGAGCAUAGAGGAGCGAGUUCAGGAGGAGGCCCGCUGCCUUGUGGAGGAGCUGAGGAAAACCAAUGCCUCACCGUGUGACCCCACCUUUAUCCUGGGUGCUGCUCCGUGCAAUGUGAUCUGCUCCGUGAUUUUCCAGAACCGUUUUGAGUAUAAAGACCAGAAAUUUCUUAACUUGAUGGGAAAAUUCAAUGAAAACUUCAGGCUUUUUAAUUCCAAGAUUGUACAGAUCUGCAAUAUGUUUCCUAUUCUUGUUGAUUUCCUUCCUGGGAGUCCCAAUACAGCCAUAAAAAACACUAUUUAUAUAAAAAAUUAUGCUUUGGAGAAAGUAAAAGAACAUCAAGAAUCUCUGGACAUUAACAACCCUCGGGACUUCAUUGAUUGUUUCCUGAUCAAAAUGGAACAGGAAAAGCACAACCCACAGAGUGAGUUCACUAUUGACAACCUGUUGGUUACGGUGUUUGAUUUGUUUGCUGCGGGAACGGAGACGACCAGCACCACCCUGAGAUAUGGGCUCCUGCUCCUGCUGAAGUACCCUGAGGUCACAGCUAAAGUGCAGGAGGAGAUUGAGCGUGUGAUCGGCAGACACCGGAGCCCCUGCAUGCAGGACAGGAGCCGCAUGCCCUACACGGACGCUGUCAUCCACGAGAUCCAGAGAUACAUUGACCUCAUCCCUAAUAGUGUGCCCCAUACAACGACCUGUGACGUUAAAUUCAGAAACUACCUCAUCCCCAAGGGCACACAAAUAUUACCAUCUCUGAGUUCUGUGCUGCAUGACCACAAAGAAUUCCCCAACCCAGAGGAGUUUGACCCUGGCCACUUCCUGGACAAGAGUGGCAACUUUAAGAGAAGUGAUUACUUCAUGCCUUUUUCAGCAGGAAAGCGAGCGUGUGUGGGAGAGGCCCUGGCCCGCAUGGAGCUGUUUCUGUUCCUGACCACCAUCUUACAGAACUUUACCCUGAAGCCUCAUGUUGAUGUAAAGGACCUUGACACCACUCCACUUGUUAGCGGGUUAGGCCGUGUGCCCCGUUCUUACAAGCUCAGCUUCAUUCCUGUCUAAAGAGGGCAGGUCACAGGGCUGCUGUGCUGUGCUGUGGUCUACAGCUGUCCUCUUGCAGGUGCCCUGGACCCCUUCCCCCAGCAAGGGUUCCUUGUAUGCUCUGUACUCUGACAUGUCCUCAGUUCUCCAGAUCUAAUCUCCAUCUGGAAGCUUUCUGGAUCCUCCAUUAAUGUCUGCUUGCUAUUCUUGGCAGCUUGUAAUUUCUGAAUUGAUGACCACUUGUUUCAGUCCCUGCCUGAUGUUGAUUUAUUAAUACAUGAGCACUGUGGAAUUGUGGGAGAUGAUUGGCAUUGGACAAUUCAAACAUAGCUUUCUUAAGUGUCCGGAAUAAAACCAUUAUUAA